AUGGCUCCAUCGCUGCUGUCGGCCGUCACCGGCGCAGCCAUCUUCGCUGCAGGUGCUAUGGCCGCAGACCAGAGCUACCAAAUCACUGAGAAUUGGGGCGCAAACAACUUUUUUAACAACUUCGACUUCUUCGAGGCGGGCGGGUUCGUCAACUACGUCAACGAGACUUACGCCAGAGACCACGAGCUUUUCGGAAUGAAGGACGGAAAGCCAUUCAUUGGUGUCGAGCAUAAGCUCCCGGUUUCCAACUCAGGUCCGUUUGGACGCGCUAGUGUCAGACUGGAGAGCAAGAAGUCCUUUGGCAAGGGGCUGUUUGUCUUCGAUAUGGCCUAUUUGCCCAAGCCAGUUGACGGCUCUUGGCCUGCGAUCUGGAUGUACGGUGACUGGGAGGAUAAGGGUUGGCAAACCUGGCCCAACCAUGGCGAUAUCGAUAUCUACGAGAACUGGAACCAGCUCACUUACAACCGCCAAACCCUCCAUACCAGAUCUGGAUGCACGGUCUGGAACAACCCCGAGAUGUCAGCCACCUCGGUCUCUGGCGACUGUGACUCGGACUAUUCCGGAUGGAAGUUUGGCGUUCAGCAAUGGCAGUAUCAAGGCUGCAGCGCCAAUGACUACAGCAACAAAGCCUUCGGUGACCCCAACGGCGGUGUCUAUGUUGUCGAGUACAACAGUGAUCACAUCAAGAUGUGGACAUUCCGACCCGGAAAUGUUCCCUCUGAUAUCACCUCAGGAAACCCGGACCCAUCCAAGUGGCCAGGCUUGCCGACCUUUAGCACCAAGGGAGGCGACGGUAGCUGCGAUAUUGACUCUCACUAUGGGAACCAGAAGAUCGUGUUGAACCUCGACUUCUGUGGUGUCGCCGGCAAUGACGGCUAUUGGCCAUCCACCGAGACAUACCGGACCAAGGACGGCAUCUCGUGCUGGGAUUACGUUGCUGCCAACCCGUCCGACUUCGCCGACGUUUACUUCAAAUUCAACUCAGUCAAAAUUUACACCCUUCAAGACGUGACGUCCUCUACCUCGUCGUCUGUUUCGAGUACCUCGACUUCAAGCUCAGCGUCUAGUGCCUCGACAUCCAGUGUUGUUACGACCAGCUCCGCCACUGUUUCAGCAACCGGCACAUCCAGCUCUGCAUCCACCGAGAGUGCGAGCUCGACUUCAUCCGAGUCCUCAAGUGGCUCCGUCACGGAGAGCUCUACCUCAUCAGUUGCUCAGACUGGUACCUCUUCUGAGAGCUCGAGCUCAACUGACUCCGCAUCUGCCUCUAGCAGCUCCAGCGCAACAGUCUCUACCUCAAGCUCAAACGCAAGCGUGACAGGAUCAAGCUCGUCUAGUGCAUCUGCCAGUGGUUCUAUCACCGGCUCUGUAACUGUUACGGCUAGCACAUCUGCAUCAGCCUCCACCUCUACUUCUGUCUCCAGCAGUGCGGACGAGGAAUACUGCGAAGCGGAUGAUGAGACCUCAAGCUCCAUCGCCAUGACCUCUACAGCAAGCGUCUCUGCGACUUCCGCAUCAUCAACCGCGGCAGCUAGCGGCUCUGUGACUCAGUCAGCAUCCAUUUCAUCUGAGUCCGCCAAGUCGUACACCACGUCGACAGUUUACACCACCUCUGUAUAUACCGUAACGUCUUGCAAGCCUGAGGUAACUGAUUGCCCGUCCAGGCUCAACAAGGUCACGACUGAGGUUAUUGCUGUGUCAACGACUGUAUGCCCUGUGACUGAGACCUCUAAGCCGCCAAAGCCAACUAUUACGAGCAUCCCCGAAGGCUACACAACUUCGACUCAAUACAUUACCAAAGUCUACACUAUAACCUCGUGCCCGCCAAGUGUCAUUAACUGCCCUAUUGGCGCAGUGACUAGCGAGGUCAAGACCACGGUGACAAUUUGCCCGGUCACGGAAGCUAGUGCCGUACCUACAACGAAGGCCAGCCUUGGCUCUGGCUCUGGCUCUGGCUCUGGCUCUGGCUCCGGCUCCGGCUCACCCGCUGUCAACACUACUCCCUACUACGGAAAGGCCAAUUCGACGUCUCCUUACGCGGCAAACACUGGCGCAACUACUGUAGUUGCCACAACUGCCGUUGUCUAUCCUGUCAAGCCGUCUGCCGCCAACAGCUACUCGGCUACCACCCUGGCAACUUCGUCUCCUGUCGUGGGCACUGCCGUCUCAGUCACUCCCAGCGCCCCGGUCAUGGUCAACGGUGCAGAGGCGUCGAAGACAGGUGUGUUUCGGUUGCUUACUGCUGUCGGUGCUGGUGUCUGUGCCAUGCUUCUGAUAUAA